CGUCUGAAGCAAAUAGAGAGAGAGAGAGAGAAAUGGCUUGUGUUCCUCUAACUUCUCUGAUGAAUACAAUCCACUUUGAGUUCUUACAACCCUGCAGAGCACCUGUGAUUCUUGAUGAAGAUACAGAACAUAUGGUUAGUUCUCUCCACCAUAAUCUUGGUUUCUUGCUCACCUUUCUCAAGGACUUAGUGAAGAAACCAGGGAUAGAUGAAGCUGCAGCAAUCAAAGACUUGGAAGCCAAAAUCAGAGACUUUGCCUUCUUAGCAGAAGAUGAAGUUGAAUCAAAUCUGGCAAAGAUAUAUAUGGAGGCGGCAGAUAAAAAGAUGACACUCUUUCAGAACUUACGACAAGUAGCUGAAAAAACUCAAAGCUUCGUCAACGGAAUUAAAAGAGAAUACAAUGAUUCUGCUGUCCAAGAUUUGACAAAGGUACAUACCCUUCCGUUAGAUGUUGGUUCAGACCACAAGAGCAGAUCUUCACAGCGGUUCUCAAAGAUUGAGGACAGAAUGGUUGGGCGUACAAGUGAAUUAAAUACAAUAAUGGAUCAGCUCAUUCGUCAACCAUCUAAACAAGGGAAAGUCAUUUCCAUUCUCGGGAUGGGCGGGAUCGGUAAAACUACUUUAGCCAAAAGAGUUUACGAAGAUCCAUCAGUGGUAUCCCGCUUUGACCUUCGUGCAUGGACUACUGUCUCUCAACAACAAGUUAACUUGAGACAAAUUCUGUGCAGCCUUCUUUGGUCCAUUGAGAGAGGAAUGAAUACCGAGGGAAGCACAGAUGAACUAGCACACAAACUACAACGGCGUUUGAUGGCUAUGAGGUGUUAGAAAUAAUUAUUUCCUAACAAUGAUUUAUAUA